AUGGCAGACAAGCUCGACCUCGAUCAGAUCCUAGAGUUCGCAAAGGACACUGCCCGCAAGCUCAUCCAGGACGGCCAGAAGCGCCGCAUGCAGGAGAAUGCGUCGCAGGACCAGAAGGUCAACUCGGUUGACUUCGCAGCUGACACCAGCAUCGGCGAGGAGACCUAUGACGGCCAGAAGAUCACUGACGACCCGACCUGGAUUGCUGCUUGGCGUGCCGCAUUAGCUAAACACCAGCCCGAUCGACGGCACGACAAACUUCGGCAAGCCGGUCGUCGGCGUCGUGUACAACCCCUUCCUGAACCAGAUGUACUCUGCCGCCGAGGGCCGGGGUGCGUACGCCGACAGCACCAAGCUCCCGCGCACGAAGAAGGGUCUGAACGACCUCGGCGAGGCUCUGUGAGCUCUCCCAGUCACCGACGAGCUAACAUUAGUGUCGCUGUCGAGUACGGCUCCUCGCGCCGCGACCCGGCCAUGUCGAACAAGCUCAACUCAUUCAAGAAGCUGACCAGCGACAAGAAGGACGGCGGCAAGAUGGUGCACUCGCUGCGCUCUGUUGGCUCUGCCGCCCUCAACAUCUGCAUGGUCGCUGCGGGCGACAUUGAUGUGUAA